GACCAGAGUCCAGUCCAAAUCCUGUGGUGUCCGUUAACAUGUGGCUCUCAACUCAAGUUUCAAGUCUCAACCAAAGUUGCAGAAAACCAGAAACUAGUAAAACCUACUAGGCUAGUGGCUAGCCCAAAUAACUUAGUGCCUAGGUCCAAUCUCGUUCAGAUAUUUACCUACGUUAUUUCUAGCUGAUUCUUCUCUUCAACUGAUCAAUAGGCUAAACCCAAUCCAUUACAGAACCAACAGCUAGAUUUGUCUGGUGGAUAUUUGUUUUAAUAGUUGGUAUUUGCUCAAAUCUUUCAACUCCCAUUAAAGAUUGCAACUUUUUAAUUUGUGGGUAACUUUUGGUUGCCUAAUCAAUGGCUUCUUCUAUGCUGAAUGGAGCAGAAAACUUCACUCUCAUCAGAGGGGUAACUCCAAAAAAGAUUGGUUUUUUGGGGUUAGAUUUUCAUGGGAAACACUUUUCCAAUGUGGGUUUAGUCUCUAGUGCAAGAAUCUCCAGGCCAGGAACAACGAUGACUCCGAAGUGCAGCUUAUCAGCGUCAAGGCCAGCUUCACAACAAAGAUUCAUACAACACAAAAAAGAGGCUUUUUGGUUCUACAGAUUCCUAUCAAUUGUUUAUGACCAUGUGAUAAACCCAGGUCAUUGGACUGAAGACAUGAGAGAUGAUGCACUUGAGCCAGCUGAUCUCAAUAACAGAAACAUGAUAGUUGUAGAUGUUGGUGGUGGAACUGGUUUCACUACUUUGGGUAUUGUUAAGCAUGUGGAUGCUAAGAAUGUUACAAUUCUCGACCAAUCUCCGCAUCAGCUUGCCAAGGCUAAGCAGAAGGAGCCUCUGAAGGAGUGCAAGAUAAUUGAAGGUGAUGCAGAAGAUCUCCCCUUUCCUACUGAUUAUGCUGAUAGAUAUGUGUCAGCUGGGAGCAUAGAGUACUGGCCAGAACCACAACGGGGCAUCAAGGAAGCAUACAGGGUGUUGAAACUAGGAGGAAAAGCCUGCUUAAUUGGUCCUGUGUACCCUACAUUUUGGUUGUCACGCUUCUUUGCAGAUGUUUGGAUGCUUUUUCCUAAGGAGGAAGAGUACAUCGAGUGGUUUCAAAAGGCUGGAUUUAAGGAUGUGCAACUCAAAAGGAUUGGCCCUAAAUGGUAUCGUGGAGUUCGCAGACAUGGGUUGAUCAUGGGGUGCUCUGUAACCGGUGUUAAACCUGCAUCUGGGGACUCUCCUUUACAGCUUGGUCCAAAGGCAGAGGAUGUAUCCAAGCCGGUAAAUCCAUUUGUAUUUCUCCUGCGCUUCAUGUUGGGUGCCAUGGCAGCAACGUAUUAUGUACUGGUACCUAUCUACAUGUGGGUCAAAGAUCAAAUUGUACCAGAAGGUCAACCGAUCUAAGAGAGAUUGGAGCUGCUGUUCUGCCAAGUUGCCUUCUUUGGUUGUAUCAUUUGUUAGACAACUUCUAGCUACAUGGGCGUUUUGCAUUUCUUAAAUAAACCUACUUUUAUCAAGUAAUUUACCCUUUUCCUACUCUGGUCUUUAAGCUUAUUUUCAUGUACCGAAUUAACUUUCUGCAACAAACUAGAGGAUAAUUGGCAAAAUGGUUGUGUCUGCAAAGGCAUUUUCA